AUGGAUUCACCAUUAAAUAGUACUAUAGGUGCUCGUAUGAGUGCUUAUUUAAUAACUGCAAAUGAUUAUAAAAAGCAAAGGAAAAGAUUAAAUAAAAAAUUACUCAAAUUACGUCAUGACCUAAAUUUAACUACUCAAGAUACAAAGAACUAUAAAGAUAAAGAAAGUCAAUCAAAAAUUACUAAAGAACAAUUUGAAUUAAAUGAUAAAUAUGGAUUAAUUUAUUUAUAUCUCGCUGAAAGAGACUUAUUAUAUGCUUUAGAAUUGAAAAAUAUGAUGGAGAUAGAAACUAAUAAAUCUUCAAUAAACUUAAUUAAAACCAAAUUAAAAAGAUCAUUACAACAUUCAUAUAAAUUAUUAGAUAUAACUAAUAAUUUAAAAGGUAAAACUAAAGUUGAAACAUAUAUAUAUUCAUCAUUAAUAGCUGGUCAAUACUCAACUACAGCUAAAAAAUGGAAAAAUGCUUUAAAUUCAUUUUCAAUUGCCAAAUGUUCAUUAGAUUAUUUAUUAUCAAUUGAAUCAGAUGAAUUUCAAAAAACAUUAUAUAAUGAAAUAUUAGAGACCUUAAUCGAACCAAGUUUAAAUUUAUCAAUGUCACAAUUGGAAUUAAAGGGUGAUUUAAAAACUAUAAGUAGAAAAUAUAGUCAUGAUGAAAAGUUCCCUCAAAUUUCACCAGUUUUAAAAUUAAUUGACGUGGAAUUUACAAAAGAUAUUUCACUGGAAAUUGAAUUAAUUCGACAAAUAAAAUGGAGAAAUCAUAGUGCAGAAAUUUAUAAUGAUGAAAUUGCCUUUAAAAUUAUGGAAAUUAAUAAAGAAAAUUGGCAAGGAUUUGAUGGUAAUCAAUUUGAUUGUUUAAUUACUAAAUGGUUGCAAAUUUUAGAAUUACAUAAAUUAGAUAAUGAAAAAAAUCAAGAUGAUGAUGAUUUGGAUCAGGUUCAAAAUAGAGCUAUAUUAUUAACUUAUGUUAAUUAUAAUUUAUUAUUUACAAAAUUAAAAAGAGAUCUACUUUUAAUUGGACAAUUGAAGGAUAAAAAAGAUAUAAUUAGAUUAUUUAGUGGGAUAAUUAUAAUUAUUGAAGAAUUAAAAGAAUUACCUGGUGUUUAUAAUGAUGAAGAAUUGAGUGAAUCUUUAGAAAGUUUAGAGAAAUUUUACAAAGCAAAAAAGAAUGUUGAAAUCGCUGAAUGUUAUCAAAUAAAUGGUAGAUAUAAAGAAAGUUUAAAAAUUUAUAAGUAUAUCCUUGAUGAUUUUGAUAUAAAUUAUAAGACUCAAUUUCCAUUUGAACUAAGCACAAAUGAAGAAAUUGCAAUUUUUAAACAACAAUUGAAAUCGAAAUUAUUACAAAAUCAAAUAAAUUCCCAAUUUGAAUUAUCAAAAGGGUUUGAAGGCUAUACAAUUGAAAAUAUGAAUAAAUAUCCAAGUGGUCCAAUUAUUAAUUUAACUAAAUUACAACCAAUUCAAUGUAAACCAGUAUUGUUUGAUAUUGGUUAUAACUAUAUAAAUUAUAAUAGCGUAAAUAGAAAAAAUGAGAACCAAAUUGAAACUGAAAAAAAAGGUUUCUUUGGUUUAUUUAAAUAA